GUGGUUAUGACUCAGAUUUGGGGUUCACCCCUCCCCCCCCCCAUUGCAGGAGUGGCCUCGCGGUUGGAGCACGUGGCCGGGCUGCAGGUGAAGGGGUUGGUGCUGGGGCCACUGCACCCCCAGAGCUCGGGGGUCCCCCAGGACACCCCCUUGGAGCAGUUGGACCCGGGGCUGGGCUCCCUCUCGGACCUCAGCCACCUCCUGCAGGCCGCCAAGAAGAAGGGGAUCCAGGUGAUCUUGGAUUUGACCCCCAAUUACUUGGGGGGCUCGGCCUGGUUCGGGCCAGCAGUGGCUGAGGACCCCGGCUUCCAGGACAAGGUCAAGCGAGCGAUGAGCUUGUGGCUGGAGCGCGGCGUCGCUGGCUUCUUCCUGGAUGGCAUCGAGGAGCUGAAGCCCUCAGUGUUGGCCGAGUGGCGGAACCUGACAGAGCAGAGCAGCCCUGAGGGCACCCCCAGGGUGCUGGUUGGGGGUACACGACUGCAGGACCCCCCCUCGCUGCUGGCGCUGCUCAACUCCUCAUCCGUGGGGCUGGUGCUGGGGCCCUUCCUGGAGGCGCUGGUGGCCAAACCCUUCAGCCCCACACUGGUCCCCCAACUGCUGGACUUCCUGGGCCCCCAAAUCCCCCUGGCCUGGAGCGUGGGGUCCCCCUGGCAUCACCUUGUGGGGGUGACCCCCCUCCGUGCCCAGCUCCUCCUCCUGCUCUGGACCCUGCCCGGGACCCCUGUGCUCAGCUAUGGGGACGAGGUGGGGCUGAUGGAUGAUGAGCAGGGGGGGCUCCCUGGCACCCCCCAGCCUGGCCAGCUGACCCCGAUGCCCUGGGACCUGAUCGAGGCGAUCCAGAAGGGCGACAACAGCACCGAGGCCCAGCUGCUGGAGCUCUGCCGCCGCCUGGGUGCGCUGCGGGUCCAGGAGCGGUCGCUGUCCCUUGGGGAUGCCGAGGCCGUUCCCGCUGGAUCCGCGGCCGCUUUCCUACGGAGCUGGGACAAGAGCAAACGCUUCCUGGUGGUGCUGAACCCCAGGGACCAGCCCCUGCCUGCGCUGGCCCUGCAGGACCCCCGCCUGCCCCCCCAGGCCACCCUGCACCUCAGCACCCACCACCUGCCGCCCGCAGACCCUCACGUCGAUCUGGGGGCCAUCAACCUGCGGCCCUAUGAGGGGCUGCUGCUCAGCUUCCCGUACACCCCAUAGUGCCCGUCCUGCCCCACAGCAUCUGUGGGGCAGGAGCAGUGUACUCCCCACCCCCCCAG